CUCGAGUCCCUCCUCACCAGCCUUUUCCAACAACUCAAUAUUCAGGCUUAGCGUUAAACUUAACAACGGCCACAGUGAGGUUGUCCCAUGUCUGAACCAAACAACGAACGUCCACGCCGCUCCACACGUGCGCCUCCGAAAGCGCCUGUGAAUGUGGCUCCCGAGCCAAGUGCCUCUGGUAAGCGGAAAACGCAAGAUGGCGACAAACACUCUGCGGAACAGCUCGAAAUACUUCUGACGAGCUCAAAAAGUCACCUCACUAAGAUGAAUAUCUCAGAUGUCUUGAACUGCGAGAAUUUCUUGAACCUGUCGCAAGAGUCCAAAGAGUUUCUUGUAUCAUUACUUCCUCCAACAGCGUUCAAUACUUUUCGCCCAUCUCUGCCCUCCACGCACGUUGACUACAGCAUAACGAACGAUAAUGUUCCAAACAUUGAUCAAGAUGACGCAAUGGAUGUCGACUCUGCGCAUGAAGCAGCUUUUGCUGCCUCCACAUCCACUUCGCAGAGUACACAUCAAAACAGAACACCUGCCUUUCUAGACCCGGCUAUAUUUACAUCACCAUUCUUCUCGUCCGCCGCGCAGACAUACCAAGAUCACCUCUUCUCAGGUUGGUUCGCGGCAAAGGCGCAGGAUACUAUCAAACUGUUCGAGGAAGGCAUCCGCCUUGGGACCAUGCAUGCGGAAUGGAAAGACGAAGAGUGGGAACGGGAACAUACUGAAAAGGGGCAGCGUCAGAUAGAUCUGACAGCGCUCGCAAUAUACGGGUACCUCCAAGAGCACGAUAUCCUUUCUUACAGACGUGAAUUCCCGCGUUUACACAUCACAGUUCAAAAGGAUGUCCUCGUCGAAUCCCUCCAUCCUCGCAGCCGAACUCUGGCUGUCCUUAUCCCUCCGAGCACUACGUGCAGCCUCAAGCCGAGCCUGUUGGUGACUGAUCGCGCUGACCCAGAACCAGAGGACCAUAUCCAGGCGAUGGAAGAUAUUGCUGACCCAGAAGUUCUCGAAGUAGGCAUCCUGGACAUCGACGGACGCGUCACUCGGGCGGACAGGAUUUCUGCACUGCCACACAGUCCUUGGAAGUCUUUCACCGUCUGGAGAUGGCGAGACGAUAUGCGCAAUGAUCUAGCAUCUCAAAUAUUGCUGGAUAGGGGAGGGAGAGAGAGAUAUGGGACAUUGUCAUAUCUGAGAGCAUACUGCCGCGACGGAAAUUGAUUUGUUCGCAUUAUUAAGAAGUCCGUCCACUCAGAGUGCUGGACAUGCUUAUCGCGAUUGAGAGAUA